AUGGAGACGGACUGCGCAGUAUCUUGUCAAGCGCCUGCUCCUCCCGACGAAACCUCUGCUUUUAAGUUGGAACGGAGCAGCUGCUAUGUCGCAUUAGCCGAGCAGAAUGACGGAAACUGUAAAUGGUAUUUUCGAAGAUAGGACAGAAGACUUGCUUAGUUAUUGGGAGUGAAAUUCUGCUAUCUGUUCUUUCUUCACACUGUGAGAUACUCAUACUGAAGACAUGCAUCUUGAUGAUACCUUUCUAAAUAAUCUAAAAAAUCUAAAAACAAGCAGGUCUAAAGACGAAGAGACUGGGCAUCUCGAGACCGUCCUCGUCUGUAAGAAGAAGUGUGUCUUCCCCCGGUUGUGGCUCAUUGAGCGAAAGUCGCUACGUUCUCCGCCGACUCAUGCACGGCGGCUGGCUUCGCACAGAGCUCACACGUGGUCGGUCCUCUCUUCGUCAGGAGAGACUCAUCUGCGGAGUCUAAACUACAGCAUGCAGGAAAUUUCUUGUGCCUGCACGUCUCGAAGUGCGACUUGCGAAGUGCUGAGAAUACCACUAGGCGUGACGAAAUCUGAUGAUGAUCCGGAUUUUAGCAAUGUUCGAACUGGAGUCCGAUUUUGAAGCAGACAAGUCGUUGCCGCAAAGGAUUCCAAGUAAUAGUUGAAAGGCCUCAAAAACGUUCGGCUUCGGAUAACGUAAAACGAGGUUCCAUGACAUGACAUGGAGAUCGGAAGUCAACGCUAUAUUACUUACGUUUCGUGGCGGUCUUUGCAUCCUACGGUCGAGACGAGAAUAACGAACUACGAAAAACCAGCGUCAAGCUGUAUCUCGAUUUUACAAUUUGAGAUGGUCUUCCUGAUAUCGUUUAGAUUUUCGGAAUACAGAAGAUAGCGGAAAGCGAGCAUGCGGAUACGACGCAUCCAUAGGAUGAGAAGGGAGGGAAGCGAUCGACUGCGAUCGUGACGCUCUUUCGCGGGUUCGUUUUGCAGACACUCUUUUGUUGGUAUUUUUGAUGACCGUAAUCAUCUUCGUGUCGUGUAGAUGAAGUACAACUAGUACGAGACUUUCAUUCUGGCGACAUAGAAUACGAAUAGAGACGUGUGCAUAGUGAUAGUGCAUUGUGGAUGAUAAUUGACCAUGCAGAAUGAACAAGAAUAGUGAUGUAAAAUAUAUGGCCAAAGCGUCGGCGAUUGUGAUCUAUUCCAAUUUUUCUAAAAAUUCUAAAUUUUCU